GAGCCCUGGAGAUGACUAUUUUGUCAAGAUCGCCAUUGACAAAGAAGAAAUCGAAAAGUGCUUCCUGGCACCGAUUAGGAAACCCGAUGAUACUUUUGUCUUAACAGCCGCAGAAUCGAAAAUGGAGCGAUGGGCGAGGGUCGCACAGCAAAGAAUGGGCGAGAAGAAGCCGGAAGAGUUACAGCACUACACGCCAGAAGAAGAUGACGGGCUGAUCUACGCGGAUGAAGAA